AUGGCUCCUCAAGUUAUUUCAAAAAAACGAAAGUUUGUAAAUGAUGGUGUAUUUGAGGCAGAAUUAAAUGAGUUUUUGUCUUGUACUUUGGCUGAAGAUGGUUAUGCUGGUGUCGAGGUCAGAGUGACUCCAAUACGCACAGAGAUUAUUAUUCGUGCUACUCGCACACGUGAAGUAUUAGGUGUCAAGGGAAGAAGGAUUAGAGAGCUGACUUCUUUAGUUCAGAAACGUUUCAAUUUUCCAGCUGGAAGUGUAGAACUAUUUGCAGAACGCAUUGAAAAUAGAGGUCUAUGUGCAAUGGCACAAGCUGAAUCUUUGCGUUAUAAGCUAUUAAAAGGUGUAGCUGUUCGCCGUGCAUGCUAUGGUGUCUUACGUCAUGUCAUGGAGUCUGGUGCAAAAGGUUGUGAGGUUAUUGUUUCUGGUAAAUUACGUGCUCAGAGAGCAAAAAGUAUGAAGUUCCGCGAUGGUUAUAUGAUUGCAACAGGUCAACCAUUUAGGGAUUAUGUAGACAAAGCUGUUCGUAAUGUUCUUAUGAAGCAGGGUGUACUAGGAGUUCAAGUCAAAAUUAUGCUUCCAUAUGAUCCAGAAGGUAAAGUAGGUCCAAGUAACCCAUUACCUGAUGCUAUUAUGGUUAGAGAACCGAAGGAAUUCCCCAUUGCUCAAUAA